GGCGGACACGGGGUGCACAAUGGGAAAUGUAUUUCAUUCGAUCCCCUAGAAAUUGCAGUCACCGGGAGGCUGGCACGGAAGACAGAAUGAGAGAUAAAGAAGUAGGGAGCUAUAGGGUGCUGUUUACUUAGCCAGUGCCUAGUCGUUGCACGUUUUGGGGUUCAUUAAAUUUGGGAUCAUUCAUCCGAAAGAGUAGUCCGCGGGCCAUAUUGCUAAAUAACUUCAAAUUUCAACUUUCAUUGGGUUUUUAGUGCGAACUCGGGACGUAGGUUUGAACCUGAAUUGCAAAAUAAACCAGUCUAGGCAGUGCAUUGUAGAAAAUAAGGAUCAAAGCAACGAGCGAGUGAAUUAGAAACAUUGCAGGAUUGAUUUUUCAACAUGGACGCGAAAAGCAGAAAAGCUAUGUUCAGGGAAAAAAAGAAAGAAAAAGGAGAGAAGCGGAUUGAUUCUCCUCUCGUAAGGUAUAAUGAGCUUGACCAGGCAGUGUGCAGGGUCUGCAAUGUUGUUAUAAAAUCGGAACCCCUAUGGCCUGCUCACCAGGCUUCACGCAAGCACAAAGAGGCUGUGGAAGACAUUAAAGCCCGUGCUGCAAAAUCUAAAACUGUCAAUAAUUCAAAAUCCACAAAAACUGAUGCUGGCAAUACUGAGAUUCAGCUGUCGUCCUCUGUUCCUGCACAGACUCGGCCAGCAUCAUCUCUUCCUACCAGCUUUUUUGAUGAACCUGAUGCCAAACGUCAAAAUCGAGGUUCUACAUAUACCGGAGAUAUUAAGACUGACAACAGGAUUUUGGCAACUACAGAAUCACAGGAAGAGGCUAGCAAUUCUACUACCUUGGCAAAGAAUUUGAAGAAAAUGACUUCAGAAACAGUUCCAUCUAAGACAACAAUUGUCUCAACGAAGGAGAAGAAACAUCCUUCAGAUGUGUCAGAAAUGAAUGAAAAAGAAAUUGAAAAUUUUCCAUCUGUUCAUCCAGUGCAUGCUUCCAAUCUAACAGAAGAAUCAGAAGCGAAUCAAAUGAAAGGGUCUCUUCCAGAAGGAUUUUUUGACAACAAGGAUGCAGAUCUGCGUGCAAGAGGAUUAGAGCCUGUUAAAUAUGAUAUCAAGUAAGGUCUUUUUGCUUUCU